AGUGGACACCGGACACUGCCCCGACCCCCUCACCUUGUUCGGACCCCGCUCCGGACACCGCCCCUGAGUGGACACUGCCCCCGACCCCGCUCCGGACCCCGCUCCGGCCACUGCCCCCGACCCCCUCACCUUGUUCGGACACCGCUCCGGACACAGCUCCGGCCACCGGAGUGGACACUGCCCCCGACCCCACCUUUUUCGGACACCGGACACUGCCCCGACCCCCUCACCUUGUUCGGACACCGGACCCCUCCGGACUCCGCUCUGGACACCGCUCCGGACACUGGAGGGGACACCAGAGUGGACACUGCCCCUGACCCCCCCUGUUCACUCCGGACAUCGCUCCGGCCACCGCUCUGGACACUGCCCCUGACCCCCCCCAUUCACUCCGGACACCGCUCCGGCCACCGGAGUGGACACCGGAGUGGACACUGCCCCCAACCCCCCCUGUUCGCUCCGGACACUGCUCUGGACACUGGAAUGGACACUGCUCCAGACACCGCUCCGGCCACUGCAGUGGACACUGCCCCUGACCCCGCUCCGGCCACCGGAGUGGACACCGGAGUGGACACCGGAGUGGACACUGCCCCUGAACCCCCCUGUCCGGACCCUGCUCUGACCACCACUUUGGCCACCGGAGUGGACACUGCCCCUGACCCCCCCCCGCUCCGGACACCGGAGUGGACACUGACCCCCACCCCGCUCCAGACACUGCUCUGGACACUGCCCCGACCCCCCCCGCUCGCUCCGGACACGGCUCCGGACACCGGAGUGGACACCGGAGUGGACACUGUCCCCAAUCCCGCUCCGGACACCGCUCCGGACACUGCCCCUGACCCCCCCUGUCCAGACACCGCUCCGGCCACCGCUUUGGCCACUGCUUUGGACACCGGAGUGGACACCGGA